AUGCCAAACAAAGCCAUAGGGAGGGGAGGGGAUAAAACGAUGGAGAUUUUACCACCUGUAUCAUCGCCUGUCUAUAUCUCUACAGAAGAGAAACAGUAUAAGGACGCCACGGCGUUGAGCCUGCGAGGCCACGCUUUGCUCCGAAUUCCUUGCGCACAGCUGGUGACUGAGCGCUUCGAUCCAUUCAAUCUCACGAUGGACCCCGACUUGGAUAUUGAAAAUGUCGCCACAUGCACGACCUGUCGAUUCAAGGAGGACAAAUCCAAUUACUGGACCGCCGUGAUGUAUUUCAAGCACGCCAACGGUUCCUUCAUGCGCGUUCCCCAAAUCGCCAAUCACUUCACCGGGAAUCCGGACGGCGAUCCCAUGAUUCGAAAACAGAAGCACGGCGAUGUCAGCCCAGAUUCAUGGGCGUUGACCUUCAGGUGUUGGGAGAACCUCGAGCCGUUCGACCCGUCGAACCUUCCGAACGCUGCACCCGGUGCUGGGAUGAACAUCGAUAGCCCUGACCACAAGAGCCACGUAGCCUUCCUCGAGGGCGAUGUCGGAGCAGACGGAAUCUAUCAGUGGAACAGUACCUGUCCCAGCACACAUCCUGUCCGAGUCCCUUUGGUCUUCUACGAGAUCGUCUGGGAUACUCGCCCGUUCAACUCGAUGUGGCCUACCGAUGGAACUCAGCCUUUCGUGUUGAGUAUGGGCGAUCCAACUGGGUAUGGACACCACGGCGACUACCUCUUUGGCUGGGAAGGUGAUUCGCUGCAGCGCGCGAUGGAUAACUGCCUUGACUACGCUGGAAGACCCGACGGGUGCAAAGAGCUCACCGUUUUGAGCGACGAGGAGAUCAACAGCUGCAAGGUACCGGUUCUCGUCGAUGAGGUCGUUGAAGGAGAAUAUCUUCGAGAGUUGCCGGGGUGUAAUCCACUUCAGUACGGGCCUGAGUCAGCCACGAUGGUUCCCAGUUGUACCGCCGUUUCUACGACGAGUCGACCUCUCGCUACCCCUGCAGCGGCGCGUGAGGCUCUCAUCGAACCGGCUGUGACUGGAUUCGUGUAA